UGAAAAUUGUAUGAUAAAAACUUAUCGAGUUAAGAAUUGUAAUCCAAGGUGGCGCAAAAAUCCAUCUUAGUUACCCCGUGUCGUCUCCUAUCUAACAUUAUCUGAACAAUGAACAUCGAGACUCAAGAAGUGAUCAACACAGCUGUCAAAAUAACCCCACAAUAUUAUACAUACAUUAGUGUUUUGUGAAGUCCCAGUUUAUAUAAAUUCAACACACCAACAUAGAAAGCAUAAAAGAUGAUUAAGAAUCUAGGAACUGCUUUUAAAACAAUUGAUGCUUAUCCAAAAACUUUAGAAGAUUUUACAAUAAGAACAGCAACUGGUGCUAUGGUCACAGUUUUCAGCAGUAUAAUUAUGGCCUUCCUAUUUGUGAUUGAAUUUCGAGAUUUUCUAUCAAUAAAUGUUUCAGAACAAUUGUAUGUGGAUACAACUAGAAUUCCAAACAUGAAAAUCAACUUUGAUGUCACAUUUCCAACAAUUUCUUGUUCAUACUUGAGUGUGGAUGCUGUAGAUUCAUCUGGUGAACAGCAGUUUGGAGUUGAACAUAACAUUUUCAAACAAAGACUAAACUUGUUAGGAGAGCCUUUACAAGCUGCUGAAUUAGAAGAGAUUAACAAAACUCACAACAAAACAGAAACAUCCACGGAAGAAUCAGCGUCAAAACCCUGUAAUAGUUGUUAUGGAGCUAAAGAAGGUUGUUGUGAAACAUGUGCGGAAGUUCGGGAAGCUUACAGGCAAAAAAACUGGGCUUUCAGACCGGAGGAAUUCGAGCAGUGCCGUAAUGAAAAAAAUUUGACAAGAGACUAUUCUGCGUUUAAAGAAGGCUGCAAACUUUACGGUUAUUUGGAAGUCAACAGAGUCAGUGGUUCAUUUCACAUUGCUCCAGGGAAAAGUUAUGCUAUUAACCAUGUUCAUGUGCAUGAUGUCCAACCUUAUUCAUCUGAAGAUUUUAAUGUCACACAUCACAUUAAUUCACUAUCAUUUGGAACUUCUCUAAUUGGAAAGGAAAACCCUCUAGAUGGUUUCCUCACUACUGCAGACAAAGGAGCUAUGAUGUUUCAAUAUUACAUCAAAGUUGUACCGACAUGGUACGUCAAGCUGGACGGAGAGGAAUUUCACACCAACCAAUAUUCUGUCACACGCCAUCAAAAGGUUGUUUCGUCUUAUGGGGGUGAAAGUGGAGUUCCAGGAGUGUUCUUUACUUAUGAAAUGAGCCCUUUACAAAUUUCGUACAAGGAAAGUAAAAGAUCGAUCGGUCACUUUGCCACUGAUGUAUGUACAAUUAUCGGCGGAGUGUUUACUGUUGCCGGAAUUAUUGAUUCCCUACUUUACCGGUCUUCAAAACUUUUGCAACAAAAAUUGCAACUGGGAAAAGCUACAUGAAUAAAAUUCAUUGUCUCGAUUAAUUCUUUAUACGGCCAUUUUAAUUUGUUUAAAUAGGUUUGCAAUAAAAAUAAGUCCUAGUCAAA